GCGCAGCGGGGAUGGUCAGCAACAGUGGCGUGAAACCCGAGGCGACUUUUAACUCUUACUCUGGUGUCAUGGAACACUUUGGAGGACAGUUAUUGGCAGUGCUUUAACUAAUAUCCCUAAAAAAAAAAAAAAAAAAAAGAUGUGGUCUGUCGCGGUCAUUUUUCUGCUUCUCUUCUGCUAUGCUUGCCUUUCCACCGGCAACGGCAAAGUCUACUUUAACUCCAAGAACUUUUUCAACGUGCUCCACUGGGACGCGAGGGAAUCUUCGCACCCUGACCAAAAGGUCUUCUACAGCGUCCAGUACAAGAGGUAUGAAGAUGGUGAGACUUACCAGGAGAAGCGCGAAUGUCAGAAUAUCAUCGCGCUUAACUGCAACCUGACGGCAGAAACACCGUCGCUCCCGGACGUUUACUACCAGGCGCGCGUGUACGCCAACGGGCAGGUACACGGAUGCAGCAAGAGGUUCAAACCCAUCGCGCACACGACUCUGGGUCGAGCCAAUGUGUCUACAGGCGUGACCCCGACGUCCUUGGACAUCAGGGCUGAGGUUCCGCUGGGACCGGACGGCGUCUCCCUGGCGGAUAUCAUCAGGAGGAGCAAAAAAGGGCAUGUCAAUACUUCCAUUCAAUACACCUUCAACCUCACCUCCCCCGAGUGGGCUGUACAGCACCACAGUAGCCUAUCUGCUCACCUUGUCAUCAACUUGAAAUCCGACCAAAGCAAGUACUGCGGCUACGUCGUCUACAAGCCUUUGUGUGAGUGGGGGCGCCCAGACAGUGAGAAGGCCACAUUCUGUGUAACAUUACCAGGUGACCCUUAUAAGAUUUUGCCAUGGCCCCUCACGAGCGCCGCCCUACUAGCAGUCGUUGUCAUGUCGUCAUUUGGAGUUGUGCGCGUCUACGUGAAGGGCAGGACGAACAGGAGGCUCCCGCUGUCACUGGAAUUAGAUACUCCAAGAGAACUGCCGAAUAUCCAGCAUCCACCAGAGAGGAAUCUGGUUAUUUCCAGUGUGAUGAUGGAGGCUCAAAAUGAGCAAAUUUUUGUGUACAAUUACGCACGUGUACGUCCUAAGCCAAACGGGGCUCGUGUUGGACCUCUUGGAAACUAUUCCACGCAAAACAUUCCUUGCCAACCCUGGCUUGGUACUACGGGUUCAUCAGUGGAGAGGCCGAAUAGCCAGGCAUCCAGCAGCCAGGUUUCUGUUGUCUACAGUUCCGUGGUGCCAGCGGUUCCGACAGAACAGAACAAGCUCCCGAGGGUCCUCGUAGAGGACGAGGAAAAAAUAUCAUUUCUCACACAACACACACCCUGCAUGGACAUCAAUUCAGGUGGACAGAUGCACUUGCAAACGGUGCGAGACGCCAAUGGAGAACUUAAGUUGACAUCCCUCGCUUUCCAGGAAGAGAGCUGUCCUGUGGGAAAACCCCUUCUCUCAGAACUCUAUGAAUCUGAAGAGGAGGCCUCAGUUUUAGCUCUGCUGAAGCGCCUGGAUAGCUCUGAAUCGUCAGACUCCGGGUGUGUCGAGGGGACCCAAAACACGCCGACCCUGACUGACUGUAACCCAACUCACUUGGCGCCUUUUGGAACUUACCUGAGCAAUAAUGUACCAGCCUUAGUGGCCAAUCCGGCAUCAGGGUACAAACAGAAUUGGAUGCCGCUAGACCCCACGCCAAACAAAAAUCAGGACUACAUGAGGAGAACCCACCCUUGGACUUUUCCUGGAGAAGCCGAGGACAGGGAGUUUAACGAGUAUGAAGGAUCAGGACAAAUAUUUCUUGAAGAUUGGGUGUUGCAAAUACAACAGUAAUCCUUUACUGUUUUCACAAUGUCCUACAUAUAUAUGAUGGAGCUAAUUCUGUUCAUGUAUCUUUCAGUGAGGUUUGAGCUCGAAGAACUACAAACCAAGAACCUUACAUUUCAGCCACUCCAGGACUAAAGUGUCUUCUGAUUGACUGGCAACCAGUUUAUUUUACGUGCCCUGUCAUUGACUCGUGACAAGUCCGUUUGUCUUUAUGUGCCUCGCAACUUCACUGGCGACCAGUCCACGGUGUAUGCCACCUUUUGCCCAAAGUCCACUUGGCUCCCUUUCUCCCGCAACCCCAAUGAGGAUAAGCACUAUACAAACUAGACUGAUGGUUUAUUGACUCUGCAGAAUCACAAUAGUGCUUUUAUUUUAAAUCGGUAGAACUUUAUGAAAUUAUUUUCCCUUCUAUAAAUCAAGACAAAGAAGUGACAGAAAUGUUUGACAGGGAUAGCCAAGGAUUGACUGGGUUUGUGGUGAUGAAAAAUUUGGGGAGUUUAUGUUAACUUUGAGGGGUCACUGAUGGUGUAGUGGUACACACGCCCGCCUUUGGUGCGGGUAGUGCAGGAUCGAUUCCUGCUCAGUGAUGGUAUCGAUAUCUGCCUUGCGACUGACUGGCGACCAAUUCAGGGUGUAGUCUGCCUUUCGCGCGAAGCUAGCUGGGAUAGGUUCCAUCCUUCCUGCUACCCUUGUGAGGAUAACCAGCUUGGAUAAUGACAUGACAUGUUAACAUUGCAAAACCCUGGAGGUGUUCCGUUCUUACAGCAGAAACUUAAACGAAAAUUUGUAUGUAACUCCGAAUGUGCCGUAGUCUAUUAACAACCUACACUAACUGAAUAUGAAAGGCAGAAUUCCUGUAAAUAUUUGUAUGAAAAAGACAUAUUGGUCAAAAACAUAAAAGAAACUAAAAAAACUAAGUUUGACGGUGACUGAGAAGUACCUUCUUGUGUAGUGUGAUCACAUUUUCUUAGUGUGUGCUGUUCGUCGACUCAGAAUCAGCACUCACUGUGUGCUGCUUUAGUUUUUGUGAAUACAGGGCAGAUGAGCGAAAAGUGGAGUUUGUUCCAUAAUAAGACACUCAUUUGCAACAUUAAAAAACAACAUAUCAAUGCAAUCUCCUUCAACCCUGUGGACUUGUUAUUAUUCAACUAUAAGAGAUAAACAGUUAGGUCACAAGAACGAAAGGGUAAAAAUUACCAAAUAGGUUCUCCAGUCUGACUGAUUAAUAUAUUUUUUCACAUAAUUUACAUAUUUCUGUAUUCAUUAAUCAAAAUGCAUUAAAAAGAAAUUAAUCUGUUUACAAUUGGCACUGCGGACUGGUUUGUUCUCCUCACUGUUUGAUGUUCCCACAGCCCUGGUUAAAUAAAGUGUGUCAACAAACUCAAAAGGGUCAAGGUUUAAGCAUGGCUGAUAACAAAUAUAGGUUACAUUAUCGUUCAUGCACGUGUUGUAAAGUAAUGAUGGGAGUGCGGGCUAGAUAAAACGGGGAUGUGGCUCAAAGGAGAAGACUGAAUCCAGGGCAUAAACUGGCCACUUGUGUACAUUGAAAAUCUUGUUGGGUUAUUUAAAAUGUGUCAUUUUAUUUUAUUUCAUUGAAUGAUUGGAUGAUCAAUUGAAAAAUGCAUACGGCAUACUCUACAUUUGUGAAAUUGUGCUAAUUAUUAUAAAUUUAAGCAUAAAUCAAAUAAGAGGAGAAUCCAUUGUUUUAUCAAAA